UAUUUCAGUCAAGAUGAAGCAAAGAAGAUUGAUGAAGAAUUAUUUGAUGAAUAUGCUUUUAGUGUUGAUCAGUUGAUGGAACUAGCAGGCUAUAGUUGUGCUAUAGCAAUAGCCAGAUGUUAUCCAAGAGAUCUAAUGACCAAAGAUAAUGGUGCUGUAUUGGUGUGUUGUGGACCUGGUAAUAAUGGUGGUGAUGGUUUAGUCUGUGCGAGACAUCUUAAACUAUUUGGCUACAAACCAUCCAUUUUCUAUCCCAAACAACCAAAUAAACCAAUCUUUAACAAUCUAAGAUUACAGUGUGAGAGAAUGGAUAUGCCGUUUCUAUCAUUCUUCCCCUCACAUCCAGAGUUGAUUACAGACUCCUAUAACCUGGUUAUUGAUGCUUUAUUUGGAUUUAGUUAUAAAGGACCUACCCGUCCAGAAUCAGCUGUAAUAUUAGAUAAACUGAAAGCCAUACAGAAUAUUGUACCUAUUUGUAGUAUUGAUGUUCCCUCAGGUUGGGAUGUAGAAAAUGGUGACCCUGAAGGCAUUCAACCAGAGCUACUCAUAUCUCUUACAGCUCCGAAAUUAUGUGCAAAACUCUUCAAAGGCAAAUACCAUUAUCUUGGUGGCAGAUUUAUACCUAAAACAUUAGAGCAGCGCUAUAGUCUCAACUUGCCGUCAUAUCCUGGUACAGACUGUGUUAUUGAACUCAAAACUCAACCUGCUGAAGAUGCAAAAGAAUCUUGA